AAAUUCAAUCAGAUCAACUGCGAACAUCCUCCGUGAACCAGACACCGGGACGCUCGAGCACACUGGGAAGAUUUCUGGGUUGUUCUACUUCUUAUUUUGUUUUAUUUUUACAUUUUCUGCAAAAAAAACACUGGGCCAUCAUUAACACCAUGAAGGAAAGGAGAAAUACACAGCCGCUGGUGGUGAGAUGUAAACUGGUUCUUGUGGGAGACGUUCAAUGCGGAAAAACGGCGAUGUUGCAAGUCCUGGCGAAGGACUGCUAUCCAGAGACCUACGUGCCCACGGUAUUUGAAAACUACACAGCCUGUCUGGAGCUGGAGGAGCAGCGAGUGGAGCUAAGUCUGUGGGACACUUCAGGUUCUCCAUACUACGAUAAUGUAAGGCCCCUGUGCUACAGUGACUCAGAUGCAGUUUUGCUGUGUUUUGACAUCAGCCGUCCUGACACUGUGGACAGCAGUCUGAAGAAGUGGAAAACUGAGAUCCUGGACUUCUGUCCGAGCACACGGAUCUUGCUCAUUGGCUGUAAGACCGACCUGCGCACAGAUGUCUGCACGCUGAUGGAACUGUCCAAUCAGAAACAGACUCCCAUCACCUAUGAGCAGGGUUCUGCUAUGGCCAAGCAGCUGGGUGCAGAGGCCUACCUGGAAUGUUCAGCGUUUACCUCGGAGAAAAGCAUCCACAGCGUGUUCCGCACGGCAGCAAUGGCCUGCAUCAACAAGCUGCAGCCUCUCCCGAAGCCCAGCCCCACCCGCCGCCUCUCCAAAAGACUUCUCCACCUGCCCAGCAAGUCUGAUUUGCUUUCCUCCACUUUCAAGAAGGAGAAGGCCAAGAGUUGCUCGGUCAUGUGAGUGGAGACCUCUUGGGUUAUAGUCCUCACAUGCAACUCCCAGCCCCUGCCACUUUGGUCUCGGGGAAGGGGGGGUGGGCACGAUGGUUUUAUCAGGGCUUCCUGCUGAAUCCUUCCCUCACCCCCCCAGAAACCAACACCCCUCAGAAGAGGUGGACACUUUGCUGUCCACUUGCUCCUGAACCUUUUAGCGCACACCCAUCUUUCUCCACUACUGUUAAUCUUGCUUUCAAACAAACAACAUCAGUCAAGAUUUGAUCAUCUAGCUCGUUCGCCUGUAAACAGUAUGCAACUACAAUGGUGUUAAAUUUGUCUGAUUUUACUAUCUCUAAGCACAUGUUGAUUUUGUCCGAAUUGGAAAUGUGCAACAUGGGACGAUUGAUCUUGUGAUGUAAAAGCCUCUCAGACAAUUCAAUUGGUAUAAGUAAAAAAAAAAUCUAGCAUGAAACUAGCAGAAAUUAGCAACAUCCUGUACAUCCCUCUUAGAAAGGUUUGUGUGAGGUGUUAAAUAGCCUUGCUGGUGUCCCCAUUUAGGCCUUUGAAAGCAACGAGUAAAAGGAGUAGUGGGAAAAACCACAGUGAAGAGCUAUUACAUAUAUAGAGCUGUUUUCAUUGUCUCAUCGGUGAUGAGAGCAGGGAUAAGAGACGUGAGUGCAGGCUGCUGUGCAGACAGCAGUCUAGACUAAUUCAACCUGCAUGGAUUGUUGAUGCAUGGUUGUGUAGCUCUGGACAGCGCUGCUCCACAAGCUUUCAGUGGAGGAGCCUGAAGAGGCUCUGUGUGUACAAAUCG